UUGGCGGUUACCAGCUGCAGUGACCCUGCUUUGCCUGAAUGAAAGCCGACCACAGACCAGCUGUCAGUCAAACACAUGAGGUCUCUGAAGAAGGCGAGCACCGGCGACGAACCGCGAGACAAACAAACAUGACGGACACGUCAGUGGGUGAGCAGCCAUGCUGCUGUCUCACCUCCCUCGCCCCUUCCUCCUCCUCCUCCUCUUCCUAUUCUUUUCCCUUUCUCCCCUCCUCUGUAUUUUACUGUCACAGAAUUCCAUCCACGGAGAUCCGCUCCCCCACAAUCCCCGGCCUGCUGUGGCUGCAGCGGGUCCAAUCCUGCAGGACCGGCCUUUUGUCGUGGUGUGGAAUAUGCCCACGGCUCGCUGUCAGCGGCGCUACAACAUCCACCUGAACCUGGGAGACUUUGAUAUUGUGGAGAACCGACAGCAGAGAUUCCAGGGACAGAAAAUGACCAUCUUCUACCGUGACCGCUUGGGGAAAUAUCCAUACCUCUCACGAGAUGGCAGGAAGGUGAACGGAGGAAUACCUCAGCUUGGUGACCUUGACACUCACCUUUCCCUCACAGAGAUGCUGAUGUCCAGCUUGCUCCAGCCAAACUUCACGGGUUUAGCCGUCAUCGACUGGGAGGAGUGGCGGCCGCUGUGGGAGAGAAACUUCGGAUCCAAGAUGGAGUACCGGAAGCAGUCCAAGCUGCUGGCGAGACAGGAGAGACCGGAUUUGUCAGACAGGGCCCUGACAUCGCUGGCUAGGCAAAUGUUUGAGGAGAGCGCGCGGAAGUUCAUGGAGGAGACGCUGCGGCUGGCGGUCAAACAUCAUCCCAAGGGACUCUGGGGGUUUUAUGGUUUUCCUGCUUGCUUUAAUAAGCACAAGAGAAAGGCAGAUAAGAACUAUACAGGACUCUGUCACAGAGGGACGACACAGCAAAAUGACCGUCUGUCCUGGCUCUGGACUCAGUCCACUGCUCUCUAUCCCAGCAUCUACCUGCCUCAGAGGCUGGCAGGAUCAAUGGACGCAGCUCUGAUGGUCAGGCACAGAGUGCUAGAGGCUUUGAGGGUGGCGUCACAUUGGCGCCAUAGCAGCUAUACCGACCACAUCACACCAGUUCUUUCCUAUGCCAGGCUGGCAUUCACACACACACUCACCUUUCUCAAUAAGACAGACCUGGUGCAUACACUAGGGGAAAGUGCGUCACUGGGAGCUGCCGGCGUGGUGCUGUGGGGAGAACUGAAGUUUGCCAAAUCCAGGCAUCAGUGCAUCCUUCUCAGAGACUACAUCCACACAGUCUUGGGUCCCUACAUACGGUCACUGAGGUCUGAUACCCAGAGCUGCAGCCUUCAACUGUGCCACGGCAACGGGCGCUGCACCAGGCGACACCCCUCCUCUGGUCACAUGGUUUCUGCAGGUCUACCUUCGAUCUCAGACCCUCAUGACUCCUCCAGUGUCAAACAUUUUCACAACCACUUCAUGUGCCAGUGCUACCCAGGCUGGACUGGGCAGGAGUGUCAAGAGAAGACAAGGGACGAUAACAGACAGAAGAACAAGUAACCCAAACUAUUCUAUCAAGGUGUUGUUCUUUCACAUCAUUCCCCUUAAUGAAUUGACAGCCCUUUAUAGUAAAGUAAAAAUAAAUUAAAAUUCAUAAACAAAUUUGUGAAUUUAUCAAUGUUUCUUUCACAUACAAAUCUAUAAUACAAAAACAUGCGUGAACAUCUAACCAUUUGAUUUUAUUUUUUGGCAUUACACUGACGUGAUUAUGA